AUGACGGACACUCCGAGAUCCGAGGCGUUCCAGACGAGGUUCAGCACCCCCGUGUCUGAGCUUGACGACCACCGCCAUCAACCCGCGUCCCUUCCACGAGCCGAUGCCGGAUCCCCUCCUCGAUCGCGCCGACCAACCUUCGCGAGCACACACCAACCAGAGCAGUCGACUCUGCUUGCCCAAGUCAACGAAGCCCUCGAGGCGAAUGCAGUUACUCGACGCGACUUCGAGUUCGCUGUAGUGGACGACGAUGCGCCAUUUCUGUCUCCUGAUGCUUAUGGCCGGCGUCCGUCGCUAGCCACCGGCCCACAUGCGCGCCGAGACACCUUCAGACGCCCCCGCGAUCCUGCCGUAGAGCGCCUGGCCAGAUCCAGAGGAUCUUCUACAUCUUCGCGAUCUGUGUCGCCUCCCAACUCCGUCGAUGCUUUUGCUGGACCCCGGCGCCGCGAUCGGGCGGGAACUAUGAACAGCCAUGCUCCUUCUGAGCUCGAUCUUGGUCUGCACAGGACGCAUUCCCGUGGUACCACUCGACGACCGACCAUCAGCGACGAGCGCCCCGAUGACCUGCCGCACAUCGAAGUAGCAUCUGCUCACAGCUCUGCCGAAGAAGAUGUCUGCUUCCCUGUCCAAGAAGACCCCGGCAAGACGACAAGAUUCGACUACGAGGAAUUGGAAGAGUUCAUUGCAGAGGUUCAGGAAAGAACUCCAAUCGGCGAUCAUCUGCACCGCAAGCCAAGUGUGGAGUCCCGGAUUUUGAAGCCCAAGAUCUUCGCAGACUUGCGACCAAAGUCGAGUCACUCCUCGGUACAUAAAGAGGCCGAUGCGCAGACGCUGAAAGACGUCGACCCAGCAACCCAAGAGAAACUUGCUGAAGAAGGCCUGGCACACGUGUUUGACAACGGACGACCAGAUGUCAAACUUAACCGUUGGACCUUCUUCUCGUCCGAACUCGACGAUACCAUCCAUGCAGCAGAGCUGGGUGGUCUGCUCAUGCCAGGCGAACAUUUUCGUGACCUCUUCGAGACACCUCCAGAUGGCGGUGUUUGGUGGAUGGACAUGGUCAACCCGACGGAGGAAGAAGUGUUCGCAAUCUGCAAGGCCUUUGGAGUGCAUCCCCUUACCCGUGAGGAUAUUUGUAUCCAAGAGCCGCGCGAGAAAGUCGAACUGUUCCACCAGUACUACUUUGUCUCCUUCCGAUCUUUCUUCCAAGCCGACAAAGAGUCCGAAGACUACCUUGAGCCCGUCAACUUCUACGCAGUAGUGUUCAAAGAGGGCCUGCUAACCUUCACUUUCUGCGAGAGCCCGCACACUCUCAACGUGCGCAAGCGUAUCAGCCGUCUGCGCGAUUACAUCAACCUCAACGCCGAUUGGAUCUGCUACGCUCUCAUCGACGACAUCGUUGAUAGCUUCGCCCCCGUCAUCCGCGGUAUCGAACAUGAAGCCGACGCCAUCGAAGACCAGGUCUUUACUGCUCGUAUUGAAGACUCGCGCGAGAUCCUACGCGCUGUUGGCGAUUGUCGCAAGCGUGUCAUGCAGCUCCUGCGCCUCCUCGGCGGCAAGGCAGACGUUAUCAAGGGUUUCGCGAAACGCUGCAAUGAAGCAUAUAGCGUUGCGCCCCGUGGCGACGUGGGCCUGUAUCUCAGCGAUAUCCAGGAUCACGUUGUCACCAUGAUGUCCAACUUGGCUCAUUUCGAGAAGAUGCUUUCCCGCGCGCACUCCAACUACCUCGCGCAGAUCUCGGUCGAUCAGGUCAUCCAAGGCAACCAGAGCAACGAGACGCUGGGCAAGGUUACGGUUAUUGCAACCGUCCUCGUUCCGCUCAAUUUAAUCUGCGGUCUGUUCGGCAUGAACGUCAAAGUCCCAGGACAGGACGGAAGCCUUGGCUGGUUCUUCGGCAUCUUGGGAGUGAUUAUUGCUUUUGUCGCGACGUGCAUGGGAGUCGCCAAGAAGAUGAAGUACAUUUGA